UAAUAAAACGUGAUGAUUGCCUGGAAAGAAAUGGAGAAGAAGCAAACUACAAAGGGACCUCUAGCGAUUGCUGUGAAGAAACCUAGCGGAAACUAUCUCUUUUUCAGAACCAGAGCGAGAUCUAGGAGUUUUACAACGCUAUCUGAUUUGUUUACAGAUGAUGAGGCUAGUUCUAAUCAAGACCUUGACUGAAUUACUUUCGGAGUUGAUGAAACAGGGACUAGCUUUAAAUUUCAGCCAAGCGAUUCUUCUAUUCUAAAAUCAUACACAGAAGUCAAAUUGCUAUUCGAGGAGAUCCUUAGCCCAACAGUGGUGAGCUUGAUGGCCUCUACAGAAGACGGCAAGGCCGUGAUCAAGAAAUCUCUAGUGAAAUCAAAAUGAAUUUUGUCUGAGAAAGUCAAUGAAUUUUGUAGAAGGGAGUGAGCCAUUCAUUCUCAGAUGAAGCACCCAAAUAUCAUCGAGCUAUACGACUAUACGGAGGACGACCAAGAGCUUGCACUUUUUAUGGAACAUGCAAACAAACCAAUGUAUCUUACCCAGUUGAUUAACGAUGAGCACACUCCAGUGGAGGACGAACACCUUCUGAGGAAAAUUGCUGAAGAUAUACUAAAAGGUCUGGCUUAUAUUCAUAGCCGUAACCUAAUCCAUGGUGACGUAAAACUUUGAAAUAUGCUUUGUCAUGAAGAGAAUGACGUAAUUACAGUAAAGAUCUGUGACUUUGGGCUCUCUUAUAUCCUUGGCCAGGAAAAGGAAGGAAAAGUGUUAAUAGAAGACGUUUCUGGAACUUUGGGACACAUAGCGCCCGAGGUUAAAAGCCAUUGCUGGAUUGGCACAGAAGUAGACAUGUGGUGAUUUGGAUUAAUGCUCUAUGAACUAGCUGUCGCAUACAAGCCCACUCAACUAAAGAACUUUGCCUAUAGCAGCGGAGAUAUUCCUUUCAGGAGAUAUGACUGGAAAAGGAAAAGUCCUCUUCUCCAGGACUUAAUCCUCAAAUGCAUGGACUACAACCCAGAGAAGAGAAUUUCUGCUGAAGAAGCGCUCCAGCAUCCUUGGUUUUCGUCUCAGGAGGAGUAGCUUUAUUAAAUUUUUGUUAAACUUGUGACAUUUGCCACUCGAAUUCCUUAAUUUUAUAUAAUUUUCAUUUUCAA